GAUACAUCCAGCCACAGAGUGAUUCCCAGCAGCCUUGGAGAUGUCACCAGGCAUGGACAGGUAGACAGGCAGCUGAAGGAGAUGUUAUCCAGUUCUCUCAAACAAAUGAGUGGCUCCUUCAAACGCACCUCCAUUAAACGUACCAUAUCUGGGUCGCAGAAGGGUCACAAGGCUUGGAUUGAGAAAAACUUUCAGAAGCGAGACUGUGUCUGCAUCAUCCCAAAUGCCAAAGAUCCCCAGAGGUGCUGUUGUGGUCAGCUGGUCAAUCAGCAUGUCCCCAAGGCUCAACCUGCCCCAUCCACUCAGACAGCAGAAGAUGAGAAGCCUCUGGUUCAGGCUGAGAAAUGGUCACCCAGCAAGCACACAGAGACAGGGCCCACUGACACCUUUGGAGUGCUGGAGUUUCAGGGUGGUGCUUAUAUCAACAGAGCAAUGUAUAUCCGUGUCUCCUAUGACACAAAACCAGAGCUCCUGCUCCACCUCAUGACCACAGAGUGGGAGCUUGAGCUUCCUAAGCUGCUCAUUUCGGUUCAUGGUGGUCUUCAGAACUUCGAGCUGCAGCCUAAGAUGAAGCAGGUGUUUGGAAAGGGCCUGAUCAAAGCAGCGAUGACCACAGGAGCAUGGAUAUUUACUGCCGGAGUUAAUACAGGUGUCAUCUGUCAUGUGGGUGAUGCAUUGAAAGAUCAUUCUUCCAAGUCCCGGGGAAAGAUCUGUGCGAUUGGAUUUGCUCCUUGGGGAAUUGUGGAAAACAGGAUGGAUUUAAUUGGGAAAGAUGUCACCAGACCUUAUCAAACGAUGUCAAACCCUCUGAGCAAACUGACUGUGCUGAGCAGCACGCACUCCCACUUCAUCCUGGCUGAUAAUGGUACGCUGGGCAAGUACGGAGCAGAAGUCAGGCUCCGGCGACAGCUGGAGAAACAUGUUUCCCUGCAGAAAAUCAACACACGUCUCGGUCAGAGAGUACCAUUAGUUUGUCUGGUUGUGGAAGGCGGUCCAAAUGUGAUACCAAUGGCAUUGGAGAACCUGCGGGAAGAGCCCCCGGUGCCCGUGGUUGUCUGUGAUGGCAGUGGAAGAGCUUCUGACAUCCUCGCCUUUGCACAUAAGUACUCUGCAGAUGGAGGGAUAAUCAGUGAGUCCGUGCGAGAUCAGCUCUUGGUCACUGUGCAGAAAACCUUCAAUUACAGUCGCCAGCAGGCUCAGCAACUUUUCCUGAUUGUCAUGGAGUGCAUGAAGAAGAAAGAGUUAAUCACUGUGUUUCGAAUGGGUUCAGAGGGACAGCAGGACAUCGACCUUGCAAUCUUAACAGCAUUGCUGAAAGGCACAAAUGCAUCAGCCCCAGACCAGCUGAGCCUAGCUAUGGCCUGGAACAGGGUGGACAUUGCCCGUAAUCACAUCUUUGUCUUUGGGAAAUACUGGCCGCCAGCGGGCAGUAGCUCUGUAUCUGCUGCUCGGCAAUCAAGGAAAUCUGUAAAACAGCGAAUGACCAAAGGGAAAGGCAAGGGGAAGAAGAAAGGGAAGGAAGAAGUGAAGGAGGAAACUGACCCACGGAAGCUGGAACUGCUCAACUGGGUGCACUCACUGGAACAAGCCAUGAUAGACGCAUUGGUUCUGGACAGGGUUGACUUUGUGAAGCUGCUGAUCGAGAAUGGAGUGAACAUCCACAACUUCCUAACUAUCCCUCGCCUUGAAGAGCUGUACAACACUAGACUCGGGCCUCCCAAUACACUGCAUUACCUGGUUAGGGAUGUGAAAAAGGGGAACCUACCCCCAGAUUACCACAUCAAUUUGAUUGAUAUUGGGCUGGUCAUAGAGUACCUGAUGGGAGGAGCGUACCGCUGUACGUACACUCGCAAGUCGUUCAGAACACUUUACAAUAACUUAUUUGGGCCAAAGCGGCCAAAAGCUCUUAAACUUCUGGGAAUGGAGGAUGAUGAACCACCCUCAAAGUCCAAGCGGAAGAAGAAAAAGAAGAAGAAGGAGGAGGAGAUUGAGAUUGAUGAGGAUGACCCUGCCAUUGGCCGAUUUACCUUCCCCUAUCACGAGCUGCUGGUGUGGGCAGUGCUGAUGAAAAGGCAGCGUAUGGCUCUCUUCUUCUGGCAGCAGGGUGAGGAGGCUCUGGCCAAAGCCCUAGUGGCCUGCAAGCUCUACAAGGCCAUGUCCAAUGAGUGUUCUGCUAGUGAGCUUGUGGAUGACAUCUCUCAGGAUCUUGAAAACAACUCCAGGGACUUUGGCCAGCUUGCUGUUGAUCUGCUGGACCAUUCCUACAAACAUGAUGAGCAGGUUGCCAUGAAAUUGCUGACCUAUGAGCUGAAGAACUGGAGCGACUCGACAUGCCUGAAGCUGGCAGUAACAGCUAAACAUCGGGACUUCAUUGCACACACCUGCAGCCAGAUGCUGCUGACUGACAUGUGGAUGGGGCGACUCCACGUACGCAAAAACCCGGGCCUGAAGAUUAUGCUGGGAAUAAUAUUUCCGCCUACAAUACUCCUACUGGAUUUUAAAAGCAGUGAUGAUUUAUCCUAUGAAGCAUCCGGAGACGGCGAUCAGGGGAAGGAGGAGGAGGACAAUGAUGCCAACACUGAGGCUGUUUCCAAAAAAGGAGAUGAAGAAGAUGGAGUGGAAAAUCACCGGAGUAUCCCAAUUGGAAGGAAGAUUUAUGAGUUCUACAAUGCACCGAUUGUUAAAUUCUGGUUCCACACGAUGGCGUAUCUCGCCUACUUGCUGCUCUACAACUAUGUAAUUCUGGUGAAGAUGGGGAGUUUGCCUUCAAUUCCAGAAUGGAUUCUCAUCUCAUAUAUUUUAAUGCUGGCGAUUGAGAAAAUCCGAGAGAUCUUAAUGUCAGAACCGAGUAAACUGAGGCAGAAAGUAAAGGUCUGGAUGCAGGAAUACUGGAACAUCACUGACAUGGUGGCAAUCACCAUCUUUAGCUGUGGUGUGCUGCUGCGUUUGCAGAAUGAGCCCUACAUGAGCUAUGGGCGGGUCAUCUACUGCGUGGAUAUCAUCAUCUGGUACAUCCGUGUCCUUGACAUCUUUGGUGUCAACAAAUACCUGGGGCCUUACGUCAUGAUGAUUGGCAAGAUGAUGGUGGACAUGCUGUACUUUGUUGUCAUUAUGCUGGUAGUCCUGAUGAGUUUUGGAGUAUCAAGACAGGCAAUUCUGCACCCUGACGAGGAGCCCUCCUGGAGGCUAGCACGCAACAUCUUCUACAUGCCAUAUUGGAUGAUCUACGGAGAGGUGUUUGCAGAUCAGAUAGACCUUUAUGCCAUGGAAAUCAAUCCUCCGUGUGGGGAGAACCUGUUUGAUGACGAUGGGAAGCGACUCCCUCCCUGCAUCCCUGGAGCCUGGAUGAUUCCAGCCAUCAUGGCUUGCUACCUGCUGGUUGCCAACAUCCUGCUUGUCAAUCUUCUGAUAGCUGUCUUUAACAACACUUUCCUGGAGGUGAUUUCCAUCUCUAACCAAGUGUGGAAGUUCCAACGCUAUCAGCUGAUCCUAACAUUCCACGAGAGGCCAGUUUUCCCUCCACCUCUCAUUGUCUUCAGUUACCUGGCCAUGGUCAUUCGUCACUGCUGCCACAGGAAGAACCAGAAGGUGGAUGAGCGAGAUCGGGGGCUAAAACUAAUCCUCAGUGAAGAUGAACUGAAGAAACUUCAUGAGUUUGAGGAGCAGUGUGUGGAACAGUACUUCGGCCAGAAGGAAAGCCUAGAGCAGUCAUCAAAUGAUGAGCGGAUUCGAAUCACAGCUGAGAGGGUGGAAAACAUGGCAAUGCGUUUGGAAGAGGUGAAUGAGAGGGAGCACUUCAUGAAAGCUUCACUCCAAACAGUGGAUAUUCGACUGGCUCAAUUGGAGGAAUACACUGGGCGCAUGGUCAGCGCAGUGGAGAAGCUGGCAGGUAUUGAUAAGGCAGAGUUGACCCAUACCCGCUCGAGAUGCCCCUCAGAAUGUGAGGCUUCUUAUCUCAUUAGACAAAACAGCACUGAAACAGCGAGCAUGUACCGCUUCCACAUGGACGGGGAUGACUUCAACAAUGAGGACACUGUAGGCCUGAUGUCUCCUUCCAUGGGAUCUCACAGGCGGACAUAUUCCUCCACUGUUCCAAGACAUGAGCAGGAACUUCUUGAGCAGAGAAAGAACAUGACACCAAAACACCAGUUUGGUCUUCACCAAUCAUGCAGCUCCCAAAGGACAGGGGAAAUCGGCCAAAGGCUGGGAAUUAGUCACCACCCCAGGAAUUUCAGUUCUUGUGCAGAUAUCUUUGUAGCUUCUGCUGGUGGCCAGGGCAGUCCAUUGAAGGCUAAAGAGAGAACUGGCUAUCAAAAGUUCUUGCCUUCUCCAUGUGCUGGGCUUCAAAGAGCUGUAACUGAAUCUGUGUCAGUGGCACGAACAAAGUUGGAAACGUGUUUCUCCUUUCCUUUGGAGAGAUCCAAGGCAGUGAGCUGCUUUCUCCCACAGACUUAUGACUCAUGCCAUUCAGCAAUGGUGAAGUGCAGAAGUGUUAUAUUUGGCCGAGAAGGUACAGUAGGACAAGAGGAACGCUGGAGCACUGACUAUGACUUUAUUGUGGAUCAUGGCCCCUCUGCAAGCAACCCCCAAUGGGCUCUGUUUGAACGCAGAUCUUGUAAGAAUAUGACCGAAGAAUUAGUAAUGGCAGAAGCAUCUCACCAUACGUUACUGUCCUCUCCAGUACCAAUACGUGCACAAAGGCAGAGAUGGUCAGGGGUUGAAGAAAAUAUUGAUAAUGGAAGCUAUGUGAACAAAACCUCCAAACUCAGAACAGAGGCACAGGGAACAGGCCUGAAGUCUGAAAACUUCCUAACAGUGGUACUAGAUAAAUUUAAUUCCCCAAGGUCAAAAAGUCUUCAUGGACACCACAGGAAGACCAGGCUCACAGUGGGAGAAAGCUUUGACAAACCCAAACAAGCCUUCAGUACAAAGGAUUUGCGACAAGUCUGGGGAGACUCGAUCACUCAACCAACAGCUUUGGAAGAGAAAAGUACUGAGACCCCUUGUUAGCUGUAUCUUCAAGCCUCAAUCCCCAAUGCCACAAAGGUGUAGUUCACCAACCUCUAUCGGUUUAAAGCAUCUGUACCACUUUUUUUAAAAUCAAUGUCUCUUCACUCCCCUCAUGAGCUGACACAUGAAGGAUUCCCGCAGGCCUGAAAAUUCCCCAGCCGUGACCCUGGAACAGUGAAUGUGGAAGGAAUGUUCUCGUGUGAUGUGCACAGUGGAUGUUGGACAGUGAGUGUGAAAUGAAUGUUGUAUGAUGUGGACAGUGAGUGUGGAAGGAAUGUUCUUGUGUGGACGGUGAGUGUGGAAGGAAUUCUCUCGUGUGAUGUGGGUGUUGCUGGCAAGGCCAACUUUUAUUGCACAUCUUCAUCUAUUUUGAGAAGGGGAUGCUGCAUAACUUCUUAAACCACUGCAUUCCUUCUGAUGAAGGUGUUUCUCCAGAAAUGUUGGGAGUUUCAGGGUUUAAACCCAAUGAUAUAAUCAUAUAACAAUUACAGCAUGAAAACAGGCCAUCUCGGCCCUUCUAGUCCAUGCCGAACGCUUACUCUCACCUAGUCCCACUGACCCGCACUCAGCCCAUAACCCUCCAUUACUUUCCUGUCCAUAUACCUAUUCAAUUUUACUUUAAAUGACAAUAACCAACCUGCCUCUACCACUUCUACUGCAAGCUCGUUCCACACAGCAACCACUCUCUGAGUGAAGAAAUUCCCCCUCGUGUUACUCCUAAAUUUUUGCCCCCUCUCAACUCAUGCCCUCUUGUUUGAACCUCCCCUACUCUCAAUGGAAAAAGUCUAUCCACGUCAACUCUAUCUAUCCCCCUUAUAAUUUUAAAUACCUCUAUCAAGUCCCCCCUCAACCUUCUAUGCUCCAAAGAAUAAAGACCUAACUUGUUCAAUCUUUCCCUGUAACUUAGGUGCUGAAACCCAGGUAACAUUCUAGUAAAUCUUCUCUGUACUCUAUUUUGUUGACAUCUUUCCUAUAAUUCGGUGAACAGAACUGUACACAAUACUCCAAAUUUUGCCUCAUCAGAGCCUUGUACAAUUUUAACAUUACAUCCCAACUCCUAUACUCAAUGCUCUGAUUUAUAAAGGCCAACAUACCAAAGGCUUUCUUCAUCACUCUAUCCACAUGAGAUUCCACCUUCAGGGAACUAUGCACCAUUAUUCCUAGAUCACUCUGUUCUACUGCAUUCUUCAAUGCCCUACCAUUUACCAUUUAUGUCCUAUUUGGAUUAUUCCUACCAAAAUGUAGCUCUUAUCAGCAUUAAACUCCAUCUGCCAUCAUUCAGACCAUUCUUCUAACUGGCCUAAAUCUCUCUGCAGACUUUGAAAACCUACUUCAUUAUCCACAACGCCACCCACCUUAGUAUCAUCUGCAUACUUACUAAUCCAAUUUACCACCCCAUCAUCCAGAUCAUUAAUGUAUAUGACAAACAACAUUGGACCCAGUACAGAUCCCUGAGGCACACCACUAGUCACUGGCCUCCAACUUGACAAACAGUUAUCCACCACUACUCUCUGGCAUCUCCCAUCCAGCCACUGUUGAAUCUAUUUUACUACUUCAAUAUUAACACCUAACGACUGAACCUUCCUAACUAACCUUCUGUUCGGAACUUUGUCAAAGGCCUUACUGAAGUCCAUAUAGACAACAUCCUUUACCCUUGUCAAUUUUCCUCGUAACCUUUUCAAAAAAUUCAAUAAGAUUUGUCAAACAUGACCUUCCACACACAAAUCCAUGUUAACUGUUCCUAAUCAGACCCUGUCUAUCCAGAUAAUUAUAUAUACCCUCUCUCAGAGUACUUUCCAUUAAUUCACUCACCACUGAGGUCAAACUGACAUGCCUAUGAUUGCUAGGUUUACUCUUAGAACCCUUUUUAAACAAUGGAACCACAUGGGCAAUACACCAAUCCUCCGGCCCCAUCCCUGUUUCUAAUGACAUAUGAAAUAUUUUUGUCAGAGCCCCUGCUAUUUCUACACUAACCUCCCUCAAGGUCCUAGGGAAUAUCCUGUCAGGACCUGGAGAUUUAUCCACUUUUAUAUUCCUUAAAAGCACCAGUACUUCUUCCUCUUUAAUCGUCAUUGUUUCCAUAACUUCUCUACUUGUUUCCCUUACCUUACAGAAUUCAAUAUCCUUCUCCUUAGUGAAUACCAAAGAAAAGAAAUUGUUCAAAAUCUCCUCCAUUUCUUUCAGCUCCACACAUAGCUCUCCACUCUGAUUCUCUAAGGGACCAAUUUUAUCCCUCACUAUCCUUUUGGUAUUAAUAUAACUGUUAAAAAACCUUUGGAUUUAUUUUCACCUUACUUGCCAAAGCAACCUCAUAUGUUCUUUUAGCUUUUCUAAUUUCUUUCUUCUUACAUUCUUUAUAUUACUCGAGCACCUCAUUUACUCCAUGCUGCCAGUAUUUAUUGUAGAUAUAUCUCUUUUUCCGAACCACGUUUCCAAUAUCCCUUGAAAACCAUGACUCUCUCAAACUUUUAACCUUUCCUUUCAACCUAACAGGAACAUAAAGAUUCCUUACCCUCAAAAUUUCAACUUUAAAUGAUUUCCAUUUCUCUAUUACCUCCUUCCCAUAAAACAAAUUGUCCCAAUCCACUCCUUCUAAAUCCUUUCGCAUCUCCUCAAAGUUAGCCUUUCUCCAAUCAAAAAUCUCAACCCUGAGUCCAGUCCUAUCUUUCUCCAUAAUUAUAUUGAAACUAAUGGCAUUGUGAUCACUGGACCCGAAGUGCUCCCCAACACAUACCUGUCACCUGAUCCAUUUCAUUCCCUAACAGAAGAUCCAACACUGCCUCUUAUCUAGUUGGUUCCUCUAUGUAUUGCUGCAAAAAACUAUCCUGCACACAUUUUACAAACUCCAAACCAUCCAUCCCUUUUAUAGUAUGGGCUUCCCAGUCUAUGUGUGGAAAAUUAAAAUCUCCCACAAAUCACAACCCUGUGCUUACUACAAAUAUCUGCUAUCUCCUUGCAAAUUUGCUCCUCCAAUUCUCGCUCCCCAUUAGGUGGUCUAUAAUACAUCCCUAUAAGCGUUACUACACCUUUCCCAUUCCUCAAUUCCUUCCAAAUAGUCUCCCUAGAUGAGCCUUCUAAUCUAUCCUGCCAGAGCACCGUUGUAAUAUUUUCUCUGACAAGCAACGCAACACCUCCCCCUCUUGUCCCUCCGAUUCUAUCACACCUGAAGCAAUGAACUCCAGGAAUAUUUAGUUGCCAAUCACACCCCUCCUGCAACCAUGUUUCACUAAUAGCUACAACAUCAUAUUUCCAGGUAUCAAUCCAUGCUCUAAGCUCAUCUACCUUUCUUACAAUGCUGCUAGCAUUAAAAUAAAUGCAUUUAAGAAGUUCUCCACCUUUUCCUCUCUGUUUAUCUCUAACAGUAUCUCUAACUGUUUUUUUCUUCCUUCUCCCAUGCACUCUGGUUCCCCUCCCUCCCAUAUCUAGUAUAAAUCCACUGGAGCCUCUCUAGCAAACCUACCUGUAAGAAUAUUUGUCCCCUUCCAGUUCAGAUGUAAACCGUCCCGCUGGAACAGGUCCCACCUUCCCUAAAAAACUGCCCAAUUAUCUAUAAAUCUGAAGCCCUCUCUCCUGCACCAUGUCUUCAGCCACAUGUUGAUCUGCACUAUCUUACUAUUUCUAAACCCACCUGCAUGUGGCACUGGUAGCAAUGCCCUUUAACUUGGAUAUCCUGCCCUUUAACUUGGCACCUAGCUCCCUAAACUCACCUUUCAGGACCUCCUCACUCUUCCUACCCACGUCAUUGGUCCCUACAUGGACCAUGACAUCUAGCUGUUCACCCUGCCUCUUGAGAAUACUGAGAACUCGAUCCGCGAUAUCACGGAUCCUGGUACCAGGGAGGCAACAGACCAUCCGGGUUUCUCGAUCUCCUCCACAGAACUUCCUAUCUGUCCCCCUAACUAUCGAAUCCCCUAUCACUACUGCUCUCCUCUUUUCCCUCCUUCCCUUCUGAGCUGAGGGUCCAGUCUCGGUACCAGAGAUGCAACCACUGCAACUUGUCCUGGUAGGUCGUCCCCACCAAUAGUAUCCAAAACGGUAUACUUAUUGUUGAUGGGAAUGGCCACAGGGGUGCUCUGCUCUUCCUGUCUAUUCCCCUUCCCUCUCCUGACAGUCACCCAACUACCUGUCUCCUGACUCCUAGGGGUGACUAUCUCCCUGAAACUCCUGUCUAUUUCUGCCUUUGCCUCCCAAAUGAUCCGAAGUUCAUUCAGCUCCAGCUCCUUAACGUGGUUUGUCAGGAGCUGCAGCUGGAUGCACCUUUUACAGGUGUAGUCAUCAGGGACAACAGUGCUCGCCCUGACUUCCCACAUAAUGCAAACGGAGCACUCAACUGCCCUAACUGCUGCCUCCAUUACCUACUCCUAAGAUAAUUUGAUUA